AUGAUUUUGUUUUUUGGUAACUAUUAUAGUGUUUUGGGAGGACCUAUUUAUUAGUGAUUCAGAUAAUAAUCUUGAAAAUAUAUGGAUGAGAUAAACAGUUGUCAGCAGUUGUGAACAUUUUGUUUUGCCUGUUCGGUUUUUCAAUAUGGCUGAUGAUUAAGCCAGUUUCAAAUCAAAAAUAUAAUGGUGUAACUAUUGAAGUAAUUAACCACUACAACAACAAUGAGAAUAGACAAGUCAAGGGUGCGUAAAAGCACCUCAGAGGUCCCUUUGGAAUGUCAACAAUUGAUUGAACGCCUCCAAGCAUGUUCACGUACAGAACUGCUGGAGGAACUCUCAAAAAUAAAUACAUGGACAUUUGGUAAAUGUGAAUUGUUACAUUGGGCCCAAGUGUUGGAUGUGUUUGAUAAAAUCCUGGGUGAUGCUGCCAAAAGAUCAGAGGAUAAUGCAUGGGCUCUUGAUUGUGAUACCAAAUAUACAAACACUGACAAAAAACUUUUACUAUGGAUUCUGCAUUUCACCACCUUAUUAAUUGAACAUUCAUUCUCUCGACAUUUGUAUAACUCCAUGGAGCACUUGUUAGUGUUGCUAGAAUCAAAUGACAUGGCCGUUGUGUUGGGUGUAUUGAACUUACUCUACAUGUUCUCCAAGCGCAGUAAUUUCAUUACGAGACUUAAACCAGAUGAGAAAGAAUGCCUUUUGUCACGAUUGCAUCAUUUGGCUGAGAACUGGGGAGGCAAAGAGAAUGGGUUUGGGCUGGCUGAUUGCUGUAAUGCAGACAAAGGCAUCCCUCCAUCUGCCACAACGUUACAUGUAGAAUUUCACCGAGAAGAAGAUAGUAGCAGCAAAUCACACAUGAGAGACAUAAAAAACAAAGGAAUGAAUAUAAUUCACAUUGAGCAUGUGGACAAAAUACACAAAACCCCUGCUGAGAUAAUGAAGUCAUUAGUUUUGAUCUACUAUGUUCCCCCAGACAAAGAGAUGUGGUUGUUCACACAUGUGAGGUUGGCACAUCAUUUUGCCGACUACCGAAACAGACUUCUUUGCGUCCAAGCCCGUUUGCAGGCUCUUUCUGUCUUGGUCUAUUCAAAUGCUAUCCAAGAAUCACCAUCAAAUCUCCUUUACACUGGUUUGCUGGAAGAGCUUGUUGAGUUAGUUGAGCUUCAGAGCCCCCAUUUGGUAGAGAUCAGAUCUGCUGCACUCAGAACGUUGACUGCCAUAAUACAUCUUGAUAGGAAUCCACAUAUUCAAAACAGAAGGCCUGGAUCCCGUUUGAACAACAUCAUCGACGUUACCGGUGCCAGCCAAUACCACGGAUUCCUUCCGGUACUUGUACGCAAUUGUAUUAGUACAUUAACCACCCAACAACAAGACACGUGUUGUCAAACAUACAAGAAAGUCAGACAAGACAUGGGCAGUGAAUGUCCCGAUUCGAAUCCACGAAGAAGAAACGAUCAAGAAAUAAAUAUAGAGGAGGGCAAUCCGGAAGCGGCCAAGGUUCUCGAAUACGUAUCCGAUAUAUCGAUGAUCAACUCGCAGUGGUACAAUUCGUUAGAAACAAAGUUCCCACUGCCCUUGGCCACUGCUCUGUUUUCCUUCCUCUAUCAUUUGGCUAGCUACGAGUCCGGUGGCGAAGCCUUGGUGUCGUGCGGUAUGAUGGAGUCGUUGUUGCAAGUUAUAAACUGGCACGGAGUCGAACUAGAGCAUAUAACGUUUGUUACUAGAGCAGUAAGAGUUAUAGAUCUGAUCACCAACAUUGACAUGCAAGCUUUCCAAAUACACGGAGGUCUCCAAAGUUUCAUUAACAGAUUAGACGUUGAAGUAAAUCUUUGUAAAAAGGAUCAAUUAUAUAUAAUUCAACCCAACACUGCGGAUCAAAGUGAAGACACAACGGUAGUGACGUCGUCGUUAAAUGUUUCGGAAAGUGCAGGUGGUACUGGUGGUGGUAGUGGUGGUCCAUCAGGCUCCACCUCAUCAGAUGCCACCACCACUACCGAGGAUGACAACGAUUUGUGUACCACAGUUGAUUUAGACUACAUGGCGGAAAAUUCAGGCAAAACCUGCCUGCCCCAGAGAGCAGCCCUUCUUAAAUCGAUGUUGAACUUUUUGAAGAAGGCAUUCCAAGACAGUGCCUUCGCCGACAGCAUCAGACACCUAAUGGAGGGAACGCUGCCGAAUUCGCUCAAAAAUAUAAUAGCAAAUGCUGAAUAUUAUGGUCCCUCACUGUUCCUGCUCGCCACCGAUGUAGUAACUGUCUACGUUUAUCAAGAGCCUUCUCUUUUGUCAGCCUUGCAGGACAACGGACUGACCCACGUAGUUUUGUACUCCCUGUUAAUCAAAGACGUACCAUCUACAAGGGAAGUUCUGGGAUCGUUGCCGAACGUCUUCAGCGCCUUGUGUUUAAACAACAGAGGUUUGCAAACUUUCGCGAAGUGCAAGCCAUUCGAAAAACUCUUCAAAGUGUUGUUGUCACCCAAUUAUUUGGUGGCGAUGAGAAGGAGGAGAAGCUCUUCGGAACCAAUGGCGGACACUGCUUGUAAUUUGGGAAACGCCAUGGAUGAACUGAUGCGCCAUCAACCCAGUUUGAGACAAGAUGCCACUCUGGCCAUCAUAAAUCUCCUCCAAGAGCUUGUUCAUUUAGGUACAGAUCCGAAAUACAUUUGCUGGAGACCACACAGCAAGUCCGACGUGUCACCGUCUAGUACGUCCCGUUCGUCCGCAAAUAAUGAAGGUGGUUCGUCCGAUGAGGAGGAGGAGGACGAAGAGGAGACCUCGACAUCAUCACAAAAUGCCCAAUCCGAUCCUCAAGUGCAAGAGAACAGCGAACGAACACCGAUAGCGUUGAUCGAUUACAUAUUGAACGCCAUGAAGUUCAUCGACGCAAUUUUAAGCAACAAUUCGACGGACGAUCACUGCAGAGAGUUCGUCGAUAAAGGCGGUCUAGCACCGCUCCUCCGCAUCCUGGGACUACCGAACUUACCAGUAGAUUGCCCGCUCACCAACCCCGCACAAUCAGUCGCCACCGUCUGCAAGAGCAUUUUGAACCUAGCGCACGAGCCGCACUUGUUCAGAGAGGGUUUGCAUCAGCUGGGUCAGGUGCUGGACUCCCUGUCCAGCCUUUCGUCCAAGUCGUCCAACCUGCCUGGCGGAUCUAAACUACUUUUGGAGCUGGCCAACGCCUCGAACAUCGAAACGGCGUUCAGCACUCAAGCGGCGACGCCACUUUUGCACGCCAUGGGAGCCGCCCAUGGAUACGUCAUUAUGUUCGUCCAUGUUUGCCGCACUGGCCAGACCGAGAUUAGGAAUCUAUCGCUGCAACAUUGGGGCUCGCACGAGGGUCUCAAAGUGCUCAAGGGAUUGGCGGACCUCUACACCAGCUUGGUGUGGGAGAGCACUUUGCUUUUGGCGUACUGUAGUGACGAUCUUAUCCCUUCCGAUUGCGACUUCACCCGAGAAGACAUCGAGAAGCUAAACGCAUUUUUCGAUAGGUGCGAAGGUAAUUCAUCAACGGACACAACAGGUAAUGUUGCCUCAGCGAUGGAAGCAUUGUCCACAAACCCUCCACCAAUUUCGAUGGAUGUGGACGGUGAAAGUUCGGUGGCCAUCAGCAAAGGACCGGGUCACAAUUUAAAAUACAUAAAACCACUGUUGGGAGCUUCCUCACGGCUGGGCAGAGCUUUGGCCGAACUGUUCGGCCUGUUGGUAAAACUGUGCGUCGGUUCGCCGAUCAGACAACGAAGAGGACAAAGCCUCGUCGCCGCACCUCCGUUGCCGUCACCGUUCGCCAGGAACGUUGCUACCAUCUUGAACGUCCUCCUGGCCGAGGGAUUGGAUUGCGAAAAAUUACCGCCUUGUCCUACACCAAAAUGUGGCUUAACUUUUCUAAUAUGCAGUGUAGGUUUUACUAGUCCGAUGUUGUUCGAUGAACGUCGCUAUCCGUACCACUUAAUGUUGCAAAACUUCGUCAAACUGGGGGGCCAGGCGAUAUUCUUUAAAACUUUCAGAUGGGCCCUCAACGCUGGCAGACAAAAUUAUUUGGAGCAAACAGUCGAUUACUUUGACUUGCCCGAAGGAUCCGUCGGCUUUUUAGAUGCUUGGUUAACUCUUCUAGAAAAAAUGGUUAACCCCAAGGCUAUUUUGGAAUCGCCCCAUAUAAUUUCGGGUAAAAAUUCGCAAAGCAGCAGCAACUACAAGAAUUUCAUGUUCGAUCCACUGAAAUAUUUAAUUGAUAUCCACAAGCUGGCGUUUGAAAAUGUUAUUCUGCUUUGGGGCAAGGCCCAAUUACCAUCUAGGAUGACCGAAACACUUCUUACGAUUCUGAAGCACAUAUUUAGAGGCGAAAAAAUCAUAAUGGAGAAGGUGAAAGCUGAAGAGAAUAAGCCUGAUGGAGCUGGCACCUCCAGCGGUAAUUCCGGUGGUGCAACGAGUAGCACCACCACCACCACACCCAACCAACCACCUAGUAGGGAAAGCGAAGAUAACUUGCGGCAAAUACAGCUACUGAUGGACAUGGGUUUCUGCAGAGAAAAUGCUAUUGACGCUUUAAUUCAUACUGCAAGUCUCGAACAAGCAACUGAUUAUCUGCUGUCCAACCCUCCCUUGAGAAGAGGCUCCCAGUCCAUGGAUAUAGAUUCGACAGAAGACGAUCAAGUUAUGCAAGCCAUCGCCAUGUCGUUAGGAUGUGGGGCGUCGUCCUCAUCAUCAUCGUCGUCAUCUGAUGAUACGAAAAAAGAUCAACAACCAUCAGUAGAAGAUACAAGAGCAUCGUUCAGCUCGAUGAUGGAUGAAUUCACAGAAAACGCAUUGGAAGUUUGUCUGAAACUGCUCUGUGCUAUUCCAGAUGUCGUUCAUAAAGUUUGCGAAUUACUAGUUACCAUAAUGAAGCGCAAUGGUAAAACUUACAGAGACAAUUUGCUGGACAUGUUAGUUAACGAAAUCAAAAAUAAUGCACGUGUGAUAGCAUUCUAUGCAGAUAAUCCCGCCAACAUAAUGAGUUACUAUUCAAUGAGUGAAACUGUAUACGCAAACUCCUUGGCCCACUACAUACAUCUGUUGAUAUUGUUCUUUGAAGUGUUCUCUUACUUCGAGAUGAAAAUACCUUGCGGCUUUGCAGUUCACAAGGCUCAACUGUUGGAUUUGAUGAUUGGUCUCAUUACGUCAGCCGAAAGGAUUAUGACGGAGCUUCAAGUCACUCACGAACCAAAAUGGUUGGCACCAUCGUUCUUGCUCAUUGAUGCCGUUUCGAAAGUAUCUACAUGCACAAACAGAAAGUUGAAUAUGCAUAAAAGCACCAGCAGAAUUUGGAGGUGGUACGACUUAGUUAGCGGAAAGUGGACACCGUACUCUAGCUCAAACAACAAAUUGAUAAACGACGCCUAUUGGGGCGGGGAACAAAGCAUCAGAGUUACUUGUGGUAGGAAGCGUUACACCGUUACAUUCGCUAAUAUGCUCCAAAUGAACGACGAAACAGGAAACAACCGUCCCAUUUCCAUGACACUGAUGACAUUCAGCCACCCUAGUUGCCAGGACAUCGCUUGCCCUGCCCCGGAAGAACCGAUGUAUGUUGAAUUGACCGAAAAGGAGGAUAAACGUUGCGUUCCUGUACCAGGUCUAGACAAAGCAAAGGAGAAGGACAUCGUGGCGGCCUGCGUCAAACUGAUGCAUCUUCCCAUAGAAAAAGAUCUGCUUCACUCAGUAUUACAAAUUUGCGUGAGACUCACAAGAGAUUUCGAAAAUGCCAAGGAAUUUAUUAAAUUAGGUGGCGUCAAAUGCUUGCUGAAAAUGAGACAGACAUGCGACUUUGGCGGCUUUGGAAUUCUGGCGACGAUAUUGAUACGACACGCUUUAGAAGAGCCGAACACCCUCUCGUAUGCCAUGGAGAAAGUGAUAAGAUGCAGGACCCUGGCAACAAUACCACCACCCUACAAAGAUUUGAUCUAUCUGACUCGGCAGAUAGGUGGAGCUGUCACAAGAGCUCCGGAUGUGUUCUUUGAGGUAGCAAAAACCAUCAUGCGUGUUGAUAUUAACGCAGGAAAAGAUUCAGAACCUGUGGAUGCCACACUUCCGAUUCGAGCUGAACCACCAGUCAGAACAAAAGCUCCUCCACUUGAAGAGGCAGUGUCCAUUGAAGUCAUUUACGAUUUACUGGACGCACUAUUGAAACCGUUAGAAUACGCCGAUCCGGAUGAGGAAGACGAAGAAGAAGAAGCCGAACCAGAAACAUCCAAGCCUAGCACCAGUAGUAGUGCGGACGUGGUAAACGUUGUCGACAUAGUGGAAGCUUCCUUAACUAUAACCGGAACUGGACCAACUAAAUUGUCUGAUACCAACACCAAUACACAAGAGAAGAAAAAUGAAAUAACCAAAAAGAAGCCAAUGCUCCCUAAGUCAGUCAUUUUGAAAAUAUUGGCUGACGCAGUUGUGUCAUUUGGACCAAUCGCCAAAUUAAUAACAGAUUACACCUACAAGGCAAAUUGCUGCGAAAUAAUAAAAGAAGAUACAUCAGCCCUGGCGUUCAUUUUUGAUAAAAUUUUACCUGAAACUGAAAACAUAUCAGACACAGAUUGUUCAACGAUGUGUCGCAUGUUGAUUGCUGCAAUCGCAUCGAGUAACCAUUCGCCAGAAGCUCAACUUAGUUUGGUAACAGAAGUAAAAGUGGCCUUAAAUAGAGCCCUCCUUCUACCAGAGUCGUCAGAGAAACAUACGCAAGUUCAGCAUAUUUGCAGCAUAAUUUCAACCAUGAUUGAAAAUUGCCCUCCCGCACAUAACAGAUGGGCCACCAGCCAAGUUAAUAAUAUAGUAAAAAUAAUGAUAAGACGUGGCGUGUUUAAUGAUUUGGCUAAAGUCACACAUUACUUGGAUCUAUCAUCACCAAACACACCUUUCACCGCCAACGCUGCGUUAAAACCAUUAGAAUCACUUUCAAGAAUACAACCAUCACCAACUAGUUUACAAAACAAGAGCAGAAAAGCAGCACAGAACACAGACGAAAAUUUAGGUACCCAAAGCGGUACAUCCACCGAAGGCACGAAUGCCCAAGGUGACGAACUGGAAGAUACCGAGAACACGGAACAUGAUAUCUCCAAUGUGGCAUCAAGUUUAGAACCGAACCCGGUCGCCGCCAGUGAGGGAGAAUCUGUCCUGGAGGAAAUGAUGGAACAUAUUCUGGAACACAGAAAUAAUGAAACCAACCAAACCUACGAUGUUUCAUCUCAAAGAACUCAUACGAUGGACAUUGAUGAAGAUGGUAAUCUUGGCUACGAACACGAACGAGAUGCAACCGAGGAGUUAAUGAGCACAGAUUCAGGUGAAUCAGAUUCUAAUCCAUCGGAUCAGGUCGAAGAUGAAGACAACGACGACAAUGAUGGUGACGAUGAUAACAUCGACGAGGGUGAUGAUAACGAUGAUAAUAACUACGACGAUGAAGAGAACACUGAGCGUAGACGUGGUGAAGAAUUAUUGGACGAUAAUGCAGGAGUAUUCCGCAUCUCGUCCAAUUUGAACGACGACUUUUUGAUGAUCCAAUACACUGAUCACAACAGCGAGAACGAUUCUCUACCCAGAAUGGUUAGAUGGAACGAAAACGGAUAUGCCAUAUCCAUAAUGGAUGAGGCCAACAACACGAACGAUCAGGCUGGCUCAAUUGUUCAUCCAUUAUUGAUGUCGAGAUCUACCAACGAGACUAGUUCAAGUACUGUCACUCGCACCCAAAGGGCAAACCGGGCAAGGAGAUAUCAGUACCUCUUCAGUCCUAGAAAUCCAAAUCCUCCAGUGAUAUUGCAAAGACUACUCGGUCCUCAUGAUCCGCACAUGGCAUUUGGAGGAACAAACAAUCUUCUCGGUGGAGCUAAUGAAAUGAGAGAUUCUGCCAGGGUCGUAGUUAUGGAUAAUCUUAGUCUGUUGCCACCACAUGAAGAACAAAUUGAUUUUGUCGAUCAAUCUGGAUAUCUAUUCGGACCCAGUCUUGCAGCUACACUCAGUCACGUACCACCAGUACUCCACUGGUGGAACAUAGAAUCAAAAUGUUUAGAUCUGGAAUCGGUUUAUGAUUGUACGACCACCGUAUGUAACAAAUUAAUACCUUUAUUGAUUAAAUACAGAAAUGAAGAACUUCAAUCCCAAAAAGGGAAAGAAGAUAAGACCAAGGUGAAGAGGCGUAAGCAGAAACCACUAAAAGGAGAUUUCGGUGCAGAGCCAGUAUUGAUAAACUUUUUGGACGACACCCAAACAUUUGACAGUAAUAUCGCCAAUCAGACCAUACAGGAUGAUGAAGACAUUGAUGGAGUACCACUGCCCGAAUCUAACGAGAGAGCUGAAGCUCCUCAGGCCGAAAAUGCCGCACCAGAGAACACUGUGCCUCCCUAUCAUGCGUAUUCUUCGCGACAACAACCAGCAGAUAGGGAGGAAGCAGAGGAAGAGUCGCAUCGUGAUCCCGAUAGGGAACAACCACAAUCUAACGAUGGGGCUGGUGAUUCUGAAAGAGAAGAACGACCUACUACUAUUGAAAGUACUACUGGUGGUACCACCAUUACAAAUACAUCAGCACUAACUACAACAAGUGGUGGUACUACUACGACUCCUACCACUGCUCGAGAUGGUGACCGAAGAGAAAGUUCCGAAGCCGACUCGAACAAUUUCGAAAUGGCCUUAGAACCCUUCUUUAACGAAACAUUUUUCAGCAGCACUCCAAGAGAAAAUUUGAGUUCGAUUUUAGAAGAAUCAUUGAAUGUGCCACAACUACAGCACUACUCAAUAGAAGACCAAACUAACACAACUGAUGCAGAGAAUCAAUCCAACAACGAAACUGAAGUUCCAACCACUACAUCUCAAGGCACACAAGCAACAACACGAGACGGUACAAUCUCUGAUGUAGUCAUGAACGAGCCCGGACCCAGUUCCGGUAAUACAGAAGACAUACCGGAAGGUGUGGAUCCCUCGUUUUUGGCAGCGCUACCAGCUGACAUGCGCCGAGAAGUCCUGGAGCAGCACAGAAUUUUGUGCCUACAGCAGAGACUCGCCUCGGGAACGAGCGCCGCCACCGGCGCCACCGGUGACCAGGCUAAUGUCAAUGCCACCAUUGAAGUUAGUCCUGAAUUUUUAGCAGCCCUGCCUCCUUCGCUCCAAGAAGAGGUGCUUACUCAGCAACGGCUCGAACAACAACGGCAAGCCGCCGCCAGGGCGAACCCCAACGAGCCCGUCGAUGCGGGAGCGUUCUUCGAAACCCUCCAACCUUCCUUGAGAACAAUGAUCCUCUCGGAUAUGGAAGACUCCCAGAUGUCGGCGUUGCCGCCGGACUUGGCGGCCGAAGCACAGACGUUGCGUCGCGAUUGGUACGCCCGCAAUCGGCAAAUGGCUCAAGAACGGUUUCUGCAAAGUAACUUGACCACCAUAAUCAGACAUUCUAGGCGACAGACACUGAGACCGAGCUUCCAACGUGGCCAGUGGCCGCAGUGGAACAGGGACUUCAUGAAUAACACGCAGAUGUCGGCAAAUUCUCACAUGAAAAUUCGUGGCCGACAACUUUUGGACCAUGAAGGUUUGUGCUGUCUUUUAGUACUCUUAUUCACCGACGAUCCACACCUAAACAAACUUCGCUUACAUAGAGUUAUUAGAAAUUUGUGUUAUCAUGGCCCGACCCGUGAUUGGAUUAUAAACGCAUUAUUAUCUAUAAUCGACAAAAGUGUACAUAUUAAACCCGACGAUAGCUUCAACAAACCUGUAAGGAAAAUGCCAAAGCCUGGCCCACUAUCGAGCAAACUCAUGACCGAUUCGAAGUUGCUACAGAGCGGUGGUAAUUGGUUGAACAUACGAAUGGAGGCGGCGUUGGGAUGUUCCGCAAAUGUGUUCAUCGUAAAUAAAAGUUGUGGAAAAAGAAGUGGCUCCUCGACACCUGCCAAUGUCAGCAUUCAUCCGCAGGCGGCACCUAUUGUGUGCAGGAACACCCUCGAUCUAUUCACGUCACUGGCCAAAGCUUUCCCUUCAUGUUUAUUGCCUCUUAGGUGCGUUAGAGAAGACAGGGAAGAGAAAAACGCCGUUACACCUGUUCGAGUUAAAACAGAUGGAAACCAAGAUUUCUGGGAGGUCUUGUUAAGACUGGACUCUGCCAGCGUCAAAAAGGGUAAAAAUAUACCUAGAAGUGCAAGUAGCAGUCAGAGUGCAGAUUCAGACGUUGCCAUCACAUUUGAUCAGUCCGUAUUUGGACAGUUGUUGAAUAUGUUGGCAUCUCCAGUGGUUAACAGGAACACGCAACUUACCGAUAAUCUGUUGAAAUUACUGUCAGUUACUACGUCUGGCAUGCCAGAAUUAGUUAAGCAGCCCCCUGGACCACCAAAACUGAAGAAGGGUCAAAAGGUAGACACAAACACGACCCCUACACACGCCCUCAAUUUAGCUGUUAAUGUGAUAACGUACAAGAACUGCUCUGAAGAAGGUCUGGAAUUUAUUACGAAUCUACUUCUUAAUUUAGCUGGUUCCUCACUAGACAUGAGUUUCAUGAUACUCAAUUUGCUACUAAAUGGUGCCAUUCAAAUAGGAAACAUUGUGGAAGAGCAAAUCAAAAAUAUGCUUAUAGAUCUUCGGGAAUUGAAUAAGGUCGACAAGAGAAAAUCGGCCGAGGAAUCGGGUCCUUCCACAUCAAAGGGCACGAUUUCCAAUAGAUUUACCAAAGAAACUGUGGUGAUAACAGCAUCAUCCAAAGUAAAAACUUCUUGUGAACUGCAAUUACCUUCAAUGGUGCCUUUAACGUCUAAGUCUUCAAGUCAAAUUUUCUUCUUAAGAGUCUUGAGGGUUAUCGUACAAAUUAGGAGUUCUAUCAAACAGAACAUGAAAAGAUGCGGAGACGUUUCCAACGCCUACGACUUGCUAGCUUUAAGCGAACAAUUAAAAGUUUUGGAAAGUUUAUGGGAAACUCUUAGUCAGUGCCUUCUAGAACUAGAACACACUCCAGAUCACCAUGCCGUCCUUGUAUUACAACCUGCUGUUGAAGCGUUCUUCCUGGUGCACUCACCUCAGCAAGGAGCGUUCAAGGCGAAGGAUGUGGUCGAAAGUAACAACGAAACGAACCCCUCGUCGUCGUCCGCCAGCUCAGAUCCGGCGGUCAUGGUCGCCGUACCGGUGGGCUCGACACCACCGCCCGCCUCCGCCCCGUCCUCCGACGUGGACAUCAAAUUGGACUCAUCCACCAGCAAGCCGACUACGGUGCCCCCCGAACAACAACAGUUCCUCGCGUUCGCCGAAAAACACCGCACGGUCCUCAACCAAAUACUGAGACAGAGCACAGCACAUUUAGCCGACGGUCCUUUCGCCGUUUUGGUGGACCACACUCGAAUUUUGGACUUCGAUAUUAAGAGGAGGUACUUCAGGACAGAGUUGGAACGCAUGGAUCACGGCAUUCGUAGGGAAGAGACGGCCGUUCACGUCAGGAGAAGCAACAUCUUUGAAGAUUCGUUCAGGGAACUGUUCCGAAGGGCCGCCGAAGAAUGGAAAAACAGGUUCUACAUCGUCUUUGAAGAUGAAGAAGGCCAAGACGCUGGAGGUUUAUUGAGGGAAUGGUACGUUAUUAUAUCACGCGACAUUUUCAAUCCGAUGUACGCUUUGUUUACUGUGUCACCGGGAGAUAGAGUUACAUAUAUGAUUAACUCAGCUAGCCACUACAACUCGAAUCAUCUCUGUUACUACAAGUUUGUCGGGAGAGUAAUCGCCAAAGCGAUCUACGAUAAUAAAUUACUAGAAUGUUACUUUACACGCUCGUUUUAUAAACACAUAUUGGGCAUUUCUGUGAAAUACACAGACAUGGAAAGUGAAGACUACAGCUUUUACAGAGGAUUGGUUUAUUUAAUGGAAAACAACAUUAAUAACUUGGGUCUAGAUUUGACUUUCAGCACAGAAAUUAAUGAAUUUGGUGUGACUGAUACUAGGGAUCUUAUUGCUGAUGGUAGAAACGUUCCAGUAACUGAAGAAAAUAAGAUGGAGUAUGUUAGAUUGGUUUGUCAAAUGAAAAUGACUGGAGCUAUCAAACAACAGUUAACGUCCUUCCUAGAAGGAUUCUAUGAUAUUAUCCCUAAGCGCCUAAUUUCCAUUUUUAAUGAACAAGAAUUGGAGCUAUUGAUUUCUGGUUUACCAAAUGUAGAUAUAGACGACUUGAAAGCAAAUACUGAAUAUCACAAGUAUCAAACUAAUUCACUUCAGAUUCAAUGGUUCUGGCGUGCUUUGAGAUCUUUCGAUCAGGCCGACCGUGCCAAGUUCCUCCAGUUCGUGACGGGAACUUCCAAGGUACCGCUUCAAGGAUUUGCAGCUCUCGAAGGCAUGAAUGGUGUGCAGAAGUUCCAGAUUCACAGGGACGAUCGUUCAACAGAUAGGUUGCCCUCUGCACAUACUUGUUUUAAUCAACUUGAUCUUCCUGUGUACGAAACUUACGACAAGUUACGUUCCUACCUGCUGAAAGCAAUUCAUGAGUGUUCUGAAGGCUUCGGCUUUGCUUAAAUAUUUUUUUAUUAUUAAGACUGAUAAAAAAGUGUUGAUUCUUGUUUAUAUCAGUAGGUAGUUUUACUUUGUAUAUAAAACAUAUAAAUAUAACAAUUAUUGUACUGUACAGAAACCACGAUAACUGUAAUAUAAAGUUAUUUUAAGUUUUAUAUACAACAGACAAAAUUUAGUUAUUUGUGAGUGUGCAAAUUUUUCGUUUCAGAUUUGUAAAGUUACUAAUAUGGAAGCACAUCGUAUUUUUGUAAAGGGCCGUACGGCAAUUUGAGCGUGAUAGAAUGAAUUUGAUUUAUUCAAAUUCACUCCUUCUUUAAACUUAUACAUAUAAAAAAAUUAAUAUUCAGCGAUAUAUUAAUGGUUGAAAAUUAUAUUUUUUGUAUCCUUUUUUUUUAUUUUGCAAGGGUUCAUCCUAAUACUUGUCUAUUUAUUAUUUUCGGUUUAUUUUUUAAAUUUUAUUUAUUGUUUAUUAAACUUAGAAGCUAAGUAAAAGUAAACAAUGAACAUUGUUUUCAUACCUGGGUGUAUGUUGUAUAUCACUUCAUUGUCUCCUUUUAAAUAGUAGAAUUGAAUUUUUAUUACCAGUACUUCAAUAAGUCGUAUGUCAAAUGUGUAAAAACAAUAACUACAUAUUACAUUUAAUGUGAUUUAUUUUGUAAAAUUCUAUAAAAAUAAAUUAAUGUUAAAUAUUUA